CACACACACCCCUGCAUCCCAAGAGCAUGUCCUACAGUAAUCCACUCGCUGGCUCUGUCUUCUCGGGAGCCGGUAGUUGGGCUGUGUUGGUAUGACAUAAGGCUUUGGGGAAUUUGUGGCGAGGAGCAACUAGGAAUUGCGAACGCCCUGGCCAUGAUAUCAGACUCAGGAUCUGGAUAGACGAGGGGGCAGUUCCCAUCUCUGUAGAACCCUAUCUCGCUGCAGUCAGAUUUCAACAGGGCCAGCCAGGAGCAUCUGAUAGAAGAAAUGAUGGGAGAUUCUGUUUUUGUUUCUUCCUGAUUUCUCUUUCUCACGUCUUCUUUCAUCAUCAAUAAUACACCUUGGGUUUUUUGGGUUUGGGGUGAGAAUAUUUUUCGGGGGAGACAUUUUGGAUGCCGAGGGAAAAGGGUGGGUGCGGGGGAACCAGAAAGGGUUGAAUAUUUGGGGGAGGAGGGUGGGGUAGGGGUUCUGCAUGAGCUCCUUAAAGGACAAAGGUAACAGAGGGAGCGAGAGAGCUAGAGGGAAGACUUUGACUUUAAACCACAGAAUUGGUGGAAGUGUGUGCUACGCUGCUACUGCUACUGCUGCUGCUACUGCUGCUGCUGCUGCUGCUACUGCCACCGCUGUUCCGGCUCCCGCUCCUGCACCCGCUCCUGCUCUUGCUUUUGGUUGGUUUAAGAGCUCCCGGGUCCGGGAAGGUAGUGAGCUAACACUGGGGAGCGCCUGCCGGCUGCAGCCGAGGUCGCUCAGGAUGGGCUCCGGGAGCCAGGCGCUGUCCAUGGUCCCAACCGUUCUUCUAGCCCUGACUCUGCCCGGGCUGCCCGUGUGGGCGCAGAACGACACUGAGCCCAUAGUCCUGGAGGGCAAGUGUUUGGUGGUAUGCGACUCCAAUCCAGCUACAGACGCCAAGGGCUCUUCCUCGUCUCCCCUGGGGAUCUCAGUCCGGGCAGCUAACUCCAAGGUUGCCUUCUCUGCCGUGAGGAGCACCAACCAUGAGCCAUCGGAGAUGAGCAACAAGACACGCAUUAUUUACUUCGAUCAGAUCCUAGUAAAUGUGGGCAAUUUUUUCACAUUGGAGUCUGUCUUUGUAGCACCAAGGAAAGGAAUUUACAGUUUCAGUUUUCAUGUUAUCAAAGUCUAUCAGAGUCAAACAAUUCAGGUUAAUCUGAUGCUAAAUGGAAAACCAGUAAUUUCUGCAUUCGCUGGAGACAAGGAUGUUACACGUGAAGCUGCUACUAAUGGAGUCCUACUUUACCUAGAUAAAGAGGAUAAGGUUUACCUGAAACUGGAGAAAGGUAAUCUGGUUGGAGGAUGGCAGUAUUCUACGUUUUCUGGCUUUCUGGUAUUCCCCCUAUAAAGUCUGAUUUCUCUGUGACAUCCAUCCAGGUGUGGAGCAGCCAAUUCCCUCUGUUAUUUGAAGAUCAUUUUAUCGUCAUUGGAUUGAUGUUUCUUAUUGGUUUCUCAUGGGUGAAUAUGGAUUCUCUUUAAGGCUCCUGGGCUUAUCUGAACCACUAUGAAGUUUCACAGAAUUUUUGUGUUUAAGUCUAUUUGGACUGAGAUGUUAAGCAGACAAUCCAUAUCAAUGCUUAAUGGUUACAGUCAGAAGCUGCUUGCAAGAUUUAUUCAGAAUUUCAUUGACUGGACAUACCAGAGUCAUUGGAGGUGUGGAAUUUCAUGGUUUUAAAAGGACUGGCAACCAGGUCUAUAAAUUAGGACAAUUUGCAUUCCAACUUCAAUCAAGAAUUUGUGUCUUGCUGCCAAAGAACUGUUUAUUGAGAUAUUGAUUUUAUUUGUUUUUAUUUUUUUCCAAACUUUGUUUUGUUCUCCUGAGAUAACUGGCAAUUGUUAUUCAAUGACUGGUUUUGUGUCUUCUCUACAUGUAGAGUAUUGGAUGGCUGACCCAUCAAUGUACCCUAAAUCAGUAAUCACAAACAUGGCAGCCCUAAAGGGGAAAGGGGAUGCAUCAUAGUUGUAUUUUAAUUGUAUACAUGAAAGAUUCAUAUUUUCCAAGUUAUAUUUUCUAAUAGUAAGAAUAGAUCAUAAGUCUGACAAAGGGGAAAAAUGUUGCUUACCCAUGUUCUGAGUGAUCAAUUCACAAACCUUGGCAAAAUUAUGCUCCUCUGCAGGAAAUUAUAUACUUUAUUGUUCAACUUUAAUUAACGUGAUUGAUAAUAACCACUUUAUUAAAAACCUAAGG